AUGUGUGGCUUAAGCGUGUGCUUCCAUCUCAGGAGGCCCGACCAGGGCAAGAAGAACGGCCAGCAUGAGGAACAGCAGUCACGACUCGCUGCUCAACUUCACAGCAGUGUCGAGUCAAUGCGACAUCGAGGCCCGGACGCCAAGGGUGUUUGGAUCUCCCCCGACAACGGCAUUGGAAUUGCACAUGUGCGCCUCGCGACCCGAGACUUGAGUUCCAAUGGAAACCAACCCCUCCACAGCGCAAUGGGCGACGACAUCCAUGUCGUGGUCAACGGUGAGCUCUACUACGACCCGAGUCUACCAGAGGAACUCGCCAAAGACUACAACUUCCAGUCGACAUCGGAUUCGGAAAUGGCCAUUGCACUCUACCGGAAGUACGGCGUAGGGUUCGUCAAGCACCUUCGCGGUGAAUUCGCACUCGUCCUCUACGACGGCAAGGCGCAGAGAAUCGUCGCGGCGCGGGACAGAUUCGGGGUGAAGCCGUUGCACUACGGUGUCUUUGAUGGACGGCUCCUGAUCGCUACCCAGGCCAAAGGAGUUGCCGAGCUGCUGGAUCAGCGCCAACCCUUACGGUGGGAUCCCAUCUGCCUUGCACAAGGUGGCGGGCACUACGGGAACCGGACAUUCUUCGAGGGCAUCCGGAAGUUCCCCCCCGGUCAUGUCCUUGUCGUCCACCGUGGCCAGACAGAGCCCCUCAAAUUCGAACCAUACUUCCAACACAAAUUCGCAGCCAACGAGGGUGGACGUGACGACCGACCGGCCGAGCAGCUGAUUGAGCAGCUUCGUGCGCAUCUCCUCGAGUCGAUACGGAUUCGACUGGACUCAACGGAUGUGCCAGUCGGAAUUUUGCUCAGCGGUGGUGUGGAUAGCAGCGCGGUAGCUGGAAUGGUUGCCGCUUAUACUCGGGAACGGGCUGAAGCCAGUGGAAAGGAGCAAAAGGAGUUGCCCAUCUGUUUCACCAUUGGCUUCCCGGGAGACGACGAGCUGGACGAAUCGUUCAUUGCACAACGAACCGCCGAACACCUGGGUCUUCCAAUCGAGAGAGUGGUCGUGUCCGAGGAGAUACUCGCAAACGAUUUCGACGAGGCGUGUUGGAAGGGCGAGACUCUGAUGUGGGAUCUGCAACAUAUCGCAAAGAAGGCUCUGAGUCGACACAUCAACGGACGGCGCUUCAAAGUCGUCCUCAACGGCGAUGGAUCAGACGAGUUGUUCGCCGGCUACCCCUUCUUCGUCUCCGCCAGACUGGAAGACGACGACAAGGUGCGCGCUCCUGAACUGUCAAGCGCAAGCACCGAGGUACGGAAAGAACUGAAGGAACGAUACGCGAAGAAUCUGCAAUGGUUCGGCGUGGAGGACGCGCCUCAACACGACAACAAUCCAGCAGCCCGCGCCCUCGGCCUCCCGCCUGCCUUUUGCAACCUGGGCAUUCCCCGAUAUGACGUCUGGUUGAAGGACGAAGUGAUGAACAUGAGCGAUCCCUUCCAGGCGAUUCUGGAAUUGUUCUCAAAGACCGAAGUGGAGGAGAUGGCGACUUACCAUCCCCUACAUCGCGCUCUUCUUGCAUGGAGCAGGACGGUGUUGCCAAACAUGGUCAUUGCCGCGAUCAGUGAUGGUGCAGAAAUGGCGCACUCGGUUGAAAGCAGACCGCCUUUCCUCGACCACAUCGUCUCCGAGUUCGCAUCAAGCCUCCCCGUCGACGUGCUGGUCCACUUAAAGGGCGAGGAUGCGCCGAUCGAGAAGUGGAUCUUCCGCGAGGCAGUCAAGCCGUACGUCACCGAGGAGGUGUACGCUCGACGCAAGCACGCGUUCCGCGCUCCGUUCCGAUGGAAGAAGGACGGCCCACUCUACCGAAAGCUGACUUCCCUGAUUUCUCGCGAACACAUUGACCAGUUGGGCUUCGUGGACUGGAAGAAAUGUCACGAUAUCGUCGAUCGAUCGUUUGAAGGCGACCAGCUGCUUUUCCGACAGGCGAUCUGGCUCGCUCAGCUCAUCUCGAUAGGCCUGCAGUUUGGUGUGCAGCCUUGGAAGCCGGAGACAGAGGCGGUUGAGCAGACGGUCAAGGCGACUCUGGUCAAGGGACAGGUCGGCGAGAACUGGGAGGACGAAAAGGAGAAUCGGAACGAUGUGGACAGCGGCAAGAUGUUCCGCGUCGAUUCGACGGAGUUUACGAACUGGCGGAUUCAGUGA